GUCGAAUUUUAAGCCGAGGGAAACGGUUUCGAAGGUCUGAAGUAAAUAUCAUUGAAAUCCAAAACGAAAAGGAAAAGAAAAUGGGAGAAAAUGAGAGGACGAUGAACAACAUCAAGGGCAAGGGAGUUGCAGAGCGUUCAAGAGCUAACCACAAUUACAGUGGUGAAGACGAAGACGACGACAAGAUUACCAGUUUCUCCUUUCCUUCCGUCAAAUCCAGUCCUCGCAACGCUUCUUCCAAAUACGACUUCGUCAAGGUGAGGGUCUGGUUGGGUGAUAACGCCGAUCACUAUUAUGUUUUAUCCAGAUUUUUGCUCAGCAGAAUGUUAACUGUCACAAAGAUUCCGAAUCAUGUAGCUAUUAAAAUCGCUCUUGAGCUCAAGAAGCUGCUUAUAGACAACAGCCUUUUGGAUGUCUCACAGUCUGAUUUGGAAGUUAAUCUUUUUAAGCUAAUGGAGCGGCGUGGUUAUGGGGAAGAGUAUAUAAAUCGGUACAAGAUGAUGACCAGAUUUCACCAUCAAAGGGUUCCUUUGGUGAUUCUUGUUUGUGGAACUGCCUGUGUUGGGAAGUCUACAAUAGCCACACAACUUGCACAGAGGCUGAACUUGCCUAAUGUCUUACAGACAGAUAUGGUUUAUGAAUUGCUGCGCACAGCAACGGAUGCACCAUUGGCAUCUACUCCUGUAUGGGAAAGGGAUUUCAGUUCCUCCGAGGAGUUGGUUACAGAAUUUUGUCGAGAAUGCAGGAUAGUUCUUAAAGGGUUGAAUGGGGAUCUAAAAAAGGCAAUGAAAGAUGGAAAACCAAUUAUAAUCGAGGGAAUACAUUUGGACCCAAGCAUUUAUUUAAUGGAUGAUGAACAUAAAGCUACAACCUCUGUGGCUGAAGGGCAUCAACCAAACCCACUGUCUGUUGCAUCAAAUUCUGCAGUGCAAGUGGAAAAUAAUUGCACAAGUACAUCUGGAAGUAAUGUGGUAAAUAGCCAAAACCAUCUUGUGCAUGGUGUGUCUGCUGAUCAGGUGAACAAAGUCUCUGAAUCUCUGGAGUCCAUUACUCUAGCAACUGCAUCUGAGAAUAAAGGUGAAACUGUUAAGGCAGCAGAAGUAAAUGGAAGUACCUCUAGAAAAGAGAAACCUGGUCCUAAACCAAUAAUUAUACCCAUAGUUCUGAAGAUGGCUGAAUUUGAUCAUAAGGCAUUACUAGAGGAGCGGAUCACUACUCGGACAUUAAGUGGUAAAUGUGUAGUCCAGGAUACAGAUAAGCUAAUAACCAACUUAAAGACUAUUCAAAACUAUCUUUGCUCUUUCGAGUCACAGGGUUUAACAGUUGUCAAUGUAGCGGCGACCACAUUUCCACAGACAUUAGAUUGGCUGCAUGGAUAUCUUCUUCAGUGCAUUGAGCAAGGCAUUUCCUCGGAGUCCAAUGAAAACAGUAGGCAACCAGCCGAAAAAUAGGCUAUGAGCUGUCGUUAGCUUGGGCAGUAGGAGAGCUGGGAUGGGAUAUAUUAUGGAUGCUGAGAGCAACACCAGGAUUAAGCUGCUGAAGUUUAUGGGAUUGAAUUUUAGAAAUCAAAUUAAAGCAAAGAUGGUUGCAUGUAGAGUAUCAGGCGAACCAAGUUAUCAUUGAUCACAUCUGCCUUUUCUGGCAAAGCCUGGAUUUUACCCUUUGUUUAGAAACAAUCGUAUCCUAGUUGUAUUUACUGAAAGAAAUCAAAAACCAUUUCAAGUUGAUUAUGAUGUGCUUAAAUCAUUGUAUUUGAUCAUACACUGUGUUUUUUAUCCGUUGUUUUCCCUUUACCCAUUCAACACAAAAGUCUAUAUCAGCCGUUGAUUGAUUUCUCGAAA